ACAGCGCUUGGCAUUGAUGAUGUUUAUGAUGAAAAAGGAUGCCAGUGUGAUGUAUCAGUGGAAGACCUCACCCCACCACUUAAAACUGUCAUUAGAGCUAUCAGAAUUAUGAAAUUUCAUGUUGCAAAACGGAAGUUUAAAGAAACUUUACGCCCGUAUGAUGUAAAAGAUGUCAUUGAGCAAUAUUCCGCUGGUCAUCUGGACAUGUUGUGUAGAAUUAAAAGUCUUCAAACACGAGUUGAUCAAAUUCUUGGAAAAGGGCAAAUCACAUCAGAUAAGAAGAGCCGAGAAAAAAUAACGGCAGAACAUGAGACCACAGACGAUGUCAGUAUGCUCGGCCGGGUGGUCAAGGUUGAAAAACAGGUACAGUCCAUUGAGUCCAAGCUGGACUGCCUGCUAGACAUCUAUCAACAGGUCCUCCGGAAGGGCUCUGCCUCUGCCCUCACUUUAGCUUCAUUCCAGAUCCCACCUUUUGAAUGUGAACAGACAUCUGACUAUCAAAGCCCCGUGGACAGCAAAGACCUGUCUAGUUCCGCACAAAACAGUGGCUGCUUAACCAGAUCAGCUAGUGCCAACAUCUCAAGAGGUCUGCAGUUCAUUCUGACGCCAAAUGAGUUCAGCGCUCAGACUUUCUAUGCGCUUAGCCCUACUAUGCACAGUCAAGCAACACAGGUGCCAGUGAUUCAAAGUGAUGGUUCCGCAGUAACGGCCACCAACACCACGGCAAACCAAAUAAACACGGCUCCUAAACCAGCAGCCCCAACAACUUUACAGAUCCCGCCUCCUCUUCCAGCCAUCAAGCACCUGCCCAGGCCAGAAACACUGCACCCAAACCCCACGGGCUUACAGGAAAGCAUUUCUGAUGUCACCACCUGCCUUGUUGCCUCCAAGGAAAAUGUUCAGGUUGCACAGCCUAACCUGACCAAGGACCGUUCUCUAAGGAAAAGCUUUGACAUGGGAGGAGAAACUCUGCUGUCCGUCUGUCCCAUGGUACCAAAGGACUUGGGCAAAUCUUUGUCUGUGCAAAACUUGAUCAGGUCGACUGAGGAACUGAAUAUACAGCUUUCAGGGAGCGAGUCAAGUGGCUCCAGAGGCAGCCAGGAUUUUUACCCCAAAUGGAGGGAAUCCAAAUUGUUUAUAACUGAUGAGGAGGUGGGUGCCGAAGAGACAGAGACAGACACUUUUGAUGCCGUGCCACAGCCUGCCAAGGAAGCUGCUUUUGUGUCAGACUCUCUAAGGACUGGAAGGUCACGAUCAUCUCAGAGCAUUUGUAAGGCAGCAGAAAGUACAGAUGCCCUCAGCUUGCCUCAUGUCAAACUGAAAUAAGUUCUUUGUUUUCUUACCAGGCAUAGCAGUUCCUUUAGCCAUACAUAUCAUUGCAUGAACGAUUUUGAAAGCCCUUCUAAAAAGUUAAAAUUACAAGAAUCAGGAAGAACAUGAAAGGCAGUUUAUAAGCCCUUUCUCUUUUAAUUGCAUGAAAAUGCAUGUUUAGGGAUGGCUGAACUUCCAAGGUGCAUCAACAUUCACCCACUCAUUUAGUAAUGUACCUUGAGUUUAAAAGCCUGAGAAACCAAACACAGCUAAUGCUUUGGGGUGUAUGAACAUGUCAAGAUAAGGUCAUUUAGAAGAUCUGAUGCUUUAUUUUUAAAUUAUGGGAGUCAACACCUUCAAAUUUCAGGCAUUUCUGCUUUGUGACUAAAUAAAUACAAAAUAUGUUUUCAAAAUUAGGCCAUCAUGUAUAUUUAAACACAAUGGCUACCAACAGCUGCUAACAAGUUAUCAAGUAAAGUAGAAUUUGGGAAUAAUAGAAUUGGCUGCUUACUUCAAGAUAUAUUUGCCAAACCAUUUCUAUUCAGUCAUUUUAUUAUUAAUGUAAUUUGAAUGUCAAUUUGUGUGCUUUUGGCGAUUUAGUGCUGUGCAAGCAAAUUUGCACAUUAUUUUUUAUUUUUUUAUGACAAGAAUGUUCUUCAGUUAGAAAAUGUGCAAAUAAUGGAAUUCAGGACCAGUGGGGCAAAUAGACUUGACUAUUUGACAUAUUGGACUUUAUAGAAACAUAUUCCCUGAUAGCAGGAUCAACCUUACAAAUGGUCAACUUCUACGGAAGAAUAUGAAAUGCUGAUCUGUAGGACAGCCAAUGUGAUUGAGCUGUUCUCUCUCAAUGGCACCAAGCCCAGGCUUGCCAGAACUGCCCUGUAAAGGGCAAGUGUGAGUAGCUAUUCUCAUAUAGCUGGUAUACAGGUAAGACCCCAGGGAAUGGGGAAUUUGAGUCAGACUGAAAUAGGAAAAGCUUGAAAAGGUUCCAUAAACAACACCAGGAAAUAGGCAAAGUUAAUGAAGAUGACUUCCCCCUCAAAAGGCAAUGAGAGGAAGAAAAAGAAAAACAAAACAAAACGAGAUAUUUUUAGAGAAAGAAUAUUGUUAGGGAAUUCAGCUACCUAAACAUCCCUUAUUCUUAUAUAUAAACAGAGAAUUUUGCAAGGUAAUUAUUUUUUAAUAUGCCCUGAUUGUCUUUUGCUAUUAUGUGUACAUUUUGCAUAUAAAAAAAACUAAAACUAAAUUUCCUUUACUUUUUAUACUGUAGUGAACAUUUUCUAUUCUCUCCAAGAAUGUUGUCCCAAAUAUGAAAUUACUUUUACUUUUUCGGUUUCCUGGUAUAAACCUUUACAGCUAAAAACUAGAUAGCACUGGUUGGCAGGGUCUGCAAUCAAAGCACUUAAUAAUAUAUUACGGCAGCAAAAAGACCAAGAAAAACAAAAUACAAAUGUAUUUAUCAGAAUUCAAGCAAUGCUGACUGCUUGAUAGAAACCAGUGGCGCUAUCUCAGACCAUCAGAACUUUAGCCAAAGUGACGGUAUUCGAAAGACAAGGAGAUAAGAGAUAGAAUUUCAACUCAAUUAAACACUAACCACAGAAAGACUCAAGAAAGGAAGAUAUUUUCUCUGACAGACAUUCGUGCUGCAUCCAGAAACACUUCUCCAGUAGCCAGACCAUAAGAGCAGGUCCAUCAAGUGGACAUUCAAAGGAAGAAGGAGCCCUGAGUUCCACCAGCCUUCCCAAUCCUCCCCCAACAAGCUUCUCCAUCACUAACUCACCCGCUUUUCUUCUUCACUAACUCCUUAUUGAUUUCCUGCCACUAUUUUCUUCUGAAUUUAACCAGCCUCCAUACCUAAGUGAACCAAUUAUCCACGUUAUCUAAAAUGUGCCAGUCACCCUUUUAAAAUCCUUGUCCCUUUUGAUAAACACCAAAAUUUUAAAAGCUUCUUCUUCUCAUCCUGCUUGUAUUCUAACACAUUCCCUUGGAGUAUAUCAUUCAGAAUCCUCCUGGCUGCUGGAGGCACACAGAAGACAGUCUAAAAUUUACGCUCCAGUUUAAAAGAUUUUGUCAAUCUUUUAAAGUAACUAUUUUCAUUUUCCAAAUAUAGAAAGUUACUAAAUUAUUACAUGCAAUUUUUCACCUACCUGUGUCUUCAUUCAGGCUAAAGUUGUGAUACCCCCUCCCAGAAUGCUGCAUCACACACACACACACACACACACACACACACACACACACACACACCCCACUGACCUAAAGCCAGACACUUGCCACACACUUGGCAGGCUUUCUCCAAGUACUAGCUGAGGAAGAGGAGGGAGGCAGCACUGAUUCUUGGACAUACUCUGUCCUGGGUAGAACCCCACUGGCAGCAGGAAUUCUGAAUGUAUUAGAGACCCCCUCCUUAGGCCCUAUUAGGCUUUAAACACAGUACAGUGCAUCCAGCAUUGCUGAAGACUGAAGACUCAGAAACAAAGCUUAAACACAUCACUAAGUCUUACUUAUAGCCAAAUGUGAUGAAUCACGUUGUAGAAAACUUUUAUACAUUGAAGCCAUGACUAUUUUGUGUGUACCUUACUCUAGCACAAAAAUUUUUGGAUGUUAAAAGAUAGUUGUAUUGUAUGAAAACUGUAGGGCUCUGCUGCUGAGUUACUUUCUAUGGAAUGAGAGGGGUCUCCCAUUUACACUUAGUGAAAUCCCCUUGGUCAAACUUAAAUGGUGUCUUGAAGCACAAUUUAGCUGAGCGCUGAGUAGCCACAUGCUCUCUCAGUUCAAGUGCGUCUGCCCUCUUCAACAUGUAGGGUGGAUCAAGCUAAUAGUUAAUUGCAAACAUCCCUUGUAUGAGGUUAACUAAGAAAUGUUGCUAUGUCUGAUCUAAAUGUUUGCAUUUUGUUUAACUAAAUUAAUACCUGUAGAUUGCAAGUUUUGUUUAAGACAUUUUAUUGAGUUUUUAAGUCCUUAUCUCCUGUUUCAAGGUGCCUUUCUUACCUCCCAUUGACUCAGUGAUUCUGAAAGUUCUUAAAUUUUAAGCAAAACACGUCUAAUAGAGAGGAGGAAAUCAGGCACAAAGUGACUAAUUCUCAUGCCCAUUUGCAACGCAAAACUAUAAGGAAGGAUGAAAUUUGGGCAACUAAAUUAAUGGAUUACUUCAUUCAAUCUGAAUAAGGAAAUAUUAUACAUAUUAACCUAUCUCCCCAGAAGCAGAUUUUCUUUUUUUUUUUUUUGCCUUAAGCGACAUGGUUGUGUUUUUGUAAAAGAUAUUUAAUUUAAUAUAAUUAUGUGCAUUUAAGUGAGCAGUUCUAAAAGUCAUGUAUGACAAUGCAAUUGUCUGUUUCCUGUAAACAAAUAAAUCAGGAACUCAUAUCCAUUUCAAGCUACCAUUAAAGUGUCAUUUCCUUGGCUCUCUUUUACUGGGAUUAAUUGUUUUAAAGUAAAAUAUUAAAAAGAUGUCUAUAAA